GAAGGACAACGCGUGUGUUGGAGGGGGAGAUGGGUGUGGGUGGAACUGCGAAUUUUUUCUACAAGGAGGCUCAACGGCUAGGCUACGUGGCUCGCUCAGCCUUCAAACUUCUUCAGAUUCAGAAGCAACACAACAUAAUCAACCGUGGCGCCACCGUUCUCGACCUCAGUUGCGCUCCCGGAGGGUGGCUCCAGGUGGCUUGUCAGAGCUUGGGACCCUUCCACGGCGGAGGCUCCGUCCUCGGCGUCGACACCAAAAAAGUCAAGGUUCCCCCUCUUCACUGCGAUUAUAGGGUUCAGACCAUCUCUGCUGACGUUACCGCCCUCUCUCACCACCGGCUCAGAGCCCUUUCUCCCAAGGAUAAAGGGUUUUCGGUGGUACUCUCCGAUAUGUGUCCCUUAAUCUCCGGAAUCACUACCAAAGACGCGGUCUUGUCGUUUGAGCUUGGGAUGCGUGCCUUGGAUUUGGCUCUCGGCAACAAAAUUCACUUGGAGCCAAUUGACGAUGACCCUUCUUGUUCAGACGACGGUAAAUGAGUGUUGAAGAUUGGUGGGCAUCUUGUUAUCAAGCUUCUCGAGAGUGAAGAUGCCAAA